CAGCCCCAGGCCCCCUCCGGCGACGGCGCGCGGCCCCCGGGCGCGCAGGGCUUGAAGAACCACGGCAACACCUGUUUCAUGAACGCCGUGGUGCAGUGUCUCAGCAACACCGACCUGCUGGCCGAGUUCCUGGCGCUGGGGCGCUACCGGGCGGCGCCGGGCCGCGCCGAGGUCACCGAGCAGCUGGCGGCGCUGGUGCGCGCGCUCUGGACGCGCGAGUACACGCCCCAACUUUCCGCCGAGUUCAAGCCUCCGCCGGAAGCCAGCAAAGCCCCCGAGUGCCUCCUGACCCCAUCGGCUCAGCCUCCCCUAGGCCAAAGCUUUGUGCAAAACCAUUUCCAGGCACAGUAUAGAUCCUCCCUGACCUGCCCCCACUGCCUGAAACAGAGCAACACCUUCGAUCCUUUCCUGUGUGUGUCCCUACCUAUCCCCUUGCGCCAGACCAGAUUCCUGAGCGUCACCUUGGCCUUCCCCUCUAAGAGCCAGCGGUUCCUGCGGGUCGGCCUGGCCGUGCCGAUCCUCAGCACAGUGGCAGCCCUGAGAAAGAUGGUCGCCGAGGAAGGCGGCGUCCCUGCCGACGAGGUGAUCUUGGUUGAACUGUGUCCCAAUGGAUUCCAGCGGUCUUUCUUCGAUGAAGAGGACCUGAACACCAUUGCAGAGGGAGAUAACGUGUAUGCCUUCCACGCCCCUCCACCACCUGGUCAGGAGAUGCUCUCAGCUCAUCCACCUGGUCUUUCUGUCUCCCCGCGCUUGGCCUGUGAGGGUGAGCGGCUACCCCUGCCUGUCCGUACCGAGGCCAAGGUGCUAAUGCUUUGCUGUAACUUGGUGGGGUCCGGGCAGCAGGCUAGCAGGUUUGGGCCACCUUUCCUGAUACGGGAAGACAGAGCCAUUUCCUGGGUCCAGCUCCAACAGUGCAUUCUCAGUAAGGUCCGCUACCUCAUGAAGAGCGAGGCCCCCCUCCAGCAGAACCCGGGGUCUCUGUUCUCCGUCCGGGUUGUGGGGCUUUCUCUGGCCUGCAGCUACUUAGCCCCGCAGGACAGCCUUCCCCUCAGUCACUGGGCAGUGGACAGGGCUUUGCACCCCAGGAGGCCCGGGGGCCCCCCGCACGUCAAACUGGCCGUGGAGUGGGAGAGCGAAGCCAAGGGGCGCCUGUUCGGGAACCCCCAGGAGGAGUGGGUCCAGGACGCGGACAGCGUGCGGCGGCAGCGGGAGGCGCACCAGCAGCCCAGCUGCACCUUGGAUGAGUGUUUUCAGUUCUACACCAAGGAGGAGCAGCUGGCGCAGGACGACGCGUGGAAGUGUCCGCACUGCGAGGCCCUGCAGCGGGGCACCGUGAAGCUGAGCCUGUGGACCGUGCCCGACAUCCUCAUCAUCCACCUGAAACGCUUCUGGCAAGUGGGCGAGAGGAGGAACAAGCUGUCCACGCUUGUCAGGUUCCCCCUCUGGGGCCUCGACAUGGCCCCCCACGUGGCCCCGAGAGGCGCGGGCCCCAGGCCAGUCAGCCACCCGCCGGACUUCCUGUACGACCUGUACGCCGUCUGCAACCACCACGGCAGCCUGCAAGGGGGACAUUACACGGCUUACUGCCGGAACUCUCUGGACGGCCGGUGGUACAGCUUUGACGACAGCACAGUGGAGCCGCUCCGGGAAGACGAGGUCAACACGCGGGGGGCUUACAUCCUGUUUUAUCAGAAACGGAACAUCAUCCCCGCCUGGUCCGCUAGCAGCUCUGUGAGAGCCUCCACCAGCUCGUCCUUCUCCGACCACUGGCUCGUGCGGCUGGGGAGCAACAGUGGCAGCGCCAGGGGGAGCCUGCUGUCCUGGAGAUCCAGCCCCGGCCCCUCCCGGCCCCGAGCACCCGACACUCCCAUCUUCGCCGAUGGCCUCUCGGAUCAGGAAAAGGGAGAGCUGGAGUCCAGGCGUCUGGUGCGGGGCGUGCGAGGCCGGAGCACCAGCAUGAAGGAGCCCGCCCCUUCCAGGGCCAAGCAGGGGGCCUUCAGGACCAUGCCCCUCCGGUGGUCUUUCAGACCCAGGGAGAAGCCGCCCGGCACGUCUGUCGAAUUGGUGGAGUACUUGGAGUCCCGGCGGAGACCCCGACCCACGAGCCAGUCCAUCGUGCCGCUGCUGACGGGGGCUGCCUGUGAGGACGGGGAGUCCGCUAAGGGUGAAGACGGCGGGCAGGCCCCGGCGCCCUGCCCCUCAGGCCUCCCCGCCCCCCGUGCAGCCCCCGGGACCCCAGGGGGUCUAAACACAGCCAGGAAAGCCAAGGAGAAUGCCAGUCAGGAGAUCAGGCUCCCCAGACGGUUUGACCUGCCCCUCGCGGUGAUGCCCUCGGUGUGGAGUGAGAAACGAGCCUGGCCGGAGGGCCAGAAGACCGCCAACUGCAGGGGAAGUGGCCAGGCAGGAAGCCUCAGCCGAGCACCCUCCCCCACAGAGGCUCUGAGCACCACGGAAUUAUCUAGAACCAGCGCAGAUGGCCGCCAGAAUGCCCGCGCCAAGAUGAGGGCUAACGUGGAUGGCAGGGACGCUGAGACAGACCGGAUCCCACAGGGGACCCUCACCCUUCUGAGGUCCAUGUUUUCCAAGAAGGAGAACAAGUGUGAGCGGCCAGAGGUGGCCCCCCAGGCACCCCCAGUCUCCCUGGUGAGCAGCAGGCUGAGCCCGGCUGUGGACGAGCAGGCUCGAGGCCCCUGCCCUUCCCUCCGGGUCCGGGACAGCCUGGCCAGAGCCCCCACCAGCCGCCCGGAGAGGGAUGUGUGGUCAGCACCCAGCUCUCUCCGCCUCCCUCGGAAAGUCGUCAGGCCCACGAGGGCCAGUGCCCUGGGCCCGUCCCCGAGGACUGUCCCAGCGGAGCACGCUCCUUGGGGCACCUUGCAAAAGAUUUCCAACACAGCAUGUCCAAAUACUUUCCUGAACGGCUGGUGCUUUUACCUGUGCAGACCACCAGAGGGUGCUGUUGGGUCAGCAUUACUAUUUCAGGGCAAGAACUGAUGGGUUUCCAGAAUUCCACGGCCACGUCCCUACCUCAGGAGUGAUUUGGGUGUGGGCCAACUUUACAGCCACGUCCGUAAGAGUCUUCAACGUCAAGUCAGUUCUUGUCAUUGGCUUCUCUUAUUCAAACCUCUAAGUGCUUCCCUGGGAGAAAGCGUUCAAGAUGCCAAAAACGUGAACAAGCGAGAUUCUCGGAGAGAGAUGGAGGAGGAGUGAGUGAGCUAGGAAGAUAUUUAAUAUAUAACAAGAUACUUGUAUGAGUAUUUCUCAAGGUAUUUAAAAAAAGAGAACUAUUUUGAUACUAGGAAUAAAGGAAGUUCUUUAAAAAAAAUUUAAGCAUAAGACCUAUGUACAAGUUUAAUAAAAGCCCAUCAGUGAAACAUG